AGUGAAGACAAGCUAGCCAGUCCUCCGCUGCUGCUGUUGCUGCUAACAACUUAAGUGCGGAACUCAGCACAGGGAUAUUUACAGAGCGCUGCUCGUCAUUAGCAUGCUGAAGUUGAGGCGCAGCAGUAAAUGCCACGGCCUCCUUCACCGUCUCCCACUGAUGAGUAGCGGCGCAUCGAGCGCCGCAGAGAGAGCUAACGACAACAUUCACAAGUUGCUCGUCAAGUUGAUUUUAGCUAGUUGCGUCGUUUUGACAGCUAACGCUAACUAGCUAGUCUCGUUCGCUUUCGACGUCAGUUUCAAAACAAAGCCCGCACAAAAAGCCGUGAAGUUGAGACUCGAGUGACACCAGGAGGACGUCGUAUCUGCGCUAAAGUCCAAACCAGACGACUGCGUGUGCUUUACGCUACGGAGCGGAGGUGUCGCACACGCCGUUAAAAAGCGCGAUUGUCAUUCGCAGAGUAGAACCUGGUCAGCAGGUAUAAAUCAGUGUCGCGUUUUAAUCACCGAUUAUUAAUCCAGUAGAUAGCGUUCCGCUAGGACCGUAACACACGGCAAGUUUUCUCCUUGGAUUUAAAUGUCCGAGAAGAGUUCAUCGUCCGGUUCGGACGAGGAUGUGGACCCGGAAUCUGUGCAGCCUGUGGAGCACGGAGGCGUUUUAAGCAAGUGGACAAAUUACAUACACGGAUGGCAGGACCGAUGGGUCGUGUUGAAAAACAACACCUUGAGCUACUACAAGUCGGAAGAUGAACGGGAGUACGGCUGCAGGGGGUCCCUGUGCCUCAGCAAAGCUGUCAUUACACCUCAUGAGUUUGACGAGUGUCGUUUCGACAUCAGCGUCAACGACAGUGUUUGGUACCUCAGAGCCGAAGAUCCCGAGCACAGACUCCAAUGGAUUGAGUCGAUAGAACUGCACAAGGCCGAGUCCGGUUACGGUUCAGAAACCAGUCUGAGGCGUCAUGGUUCCAUGUUGUCUCUCACCUCCGCAGCCAGUGCCUUGUCUGCGACGUCCACGUCUUCUUUCAAGAAGGGGCACAGGCUGCGUGAGAAGCUAGCAGAAAUGGAAACCUUUCGGGACAUUCUGUGCAGACAAGUGGACACCCUGCAGAAAUACUUUGACUCCUGUUCUGAUGAUGUCUCUAAAGAUGAAUUUCAUAGAGACCGGGUAGAGGAUGACGAAGAUGAAUUUCCAACCACUACAAAAACGGAUGGGGAAUAUAAUCACAACAACAAUGGCAGCAAAGAGAAAUUGUUCCCCCCGGCCAGUCCCAAAGGUAUGAACGGAAUAGACUUUAAGGGUGAGGCCAUUACCUUCAAGGCCACAACAGCAGGCAUUCUGUCCACCCUGUCCCACUGCAUCGAACUCAUGGUCAAACGAGAGGACAGCUGGCAGAAAAGAUUGGACAAGGAGUUGGAGAAGAGGAGGAGGGUAGAAGAUGCCUACAAGUGUGCUGUGCAUGAACUGAAGAAAAAGUCACACUACGGGGGCCCAGACUAUGAGGAGGGACCAAACAGCCUGAUCAACGAAGAUGAAUUCUUUGAUGCAGUUGAAGCCGAACUGGACAGACAAGACAAGAUAGAGGAGCAGUGUCACUCAGAGAAGGUCAGGAUAUCCCGACCGUCCUCAGUUACUCCGGGUGACGUCUACUCCACGAUCGGCACACACCGCUUCACCAACAAGCCCCAUAGCCAUACUUCUUCCCUGUCCUCCGUUGAGCUAGUCAGUGCUUCAGAUGACAUUCACAGAUUCAGCGCUCAGGUGGAGGAGUGGGUGCAGAACCACAUGACUUAUUCCCUCCAGGACGUGGGUGGUGAUGCCAACUGGCAGUUGGUAAUAGAGGAAGGAGAGAUGAAGGUGUACAGGAGAGAAGUGGAAGAGAACGGCAUCGUCCUGGAUCCUCUCAAAGCCACACAUUCUGUGAAGGGGGUGACGGGACACGAGGUCUGUCACUACUUCUGGGACACGGAUGUGCGAAUGGACUGGGAGACAACCAUUGAAAAUUUCAACGUUGUGGAAACACUUUCUGAUAACGCCAUCAUUGUUUACCAAACACACAAGAGAGUGUGGCCCGCCUCUCAGAGAGAUGUGCUCUAUCUGUCAGCCAUCAGGAAGAUCAUAGCAACAAACGAAAACGACCCCGACACAUGGCUGGUCUGCAACUUCUCUGUGGAUCACAAAGACGCGUCUCCCACAAACAGGUGUGUUCGUGCCAAAAUCAACGUCGCCAUGAUCUGCCAAACGCUGGUCAGCCCACCAGAGGGCGAUAAAGAGAUCAGCAGAGACAACAUCCUUUGUAAGAUCACUUACGUUGCCAAUGUAAAUCCAGGAGGCUGGGCUCCAGCUUCAGUCCUCAGAGCUGUCGCCAAGAGAGAAUAUCCCAAGUUCCUGAAACGCUUCACCUCCUAUGUCCAGGAAAAAACAGCUGGGAAGUCCAUUCUCUUCUGAACACUAACAGGUUUGAGGACCGUAUUUGCCCGCUGCGGAGACGACGUUUGGCAUUAAACAGGCUCUCGAUGACCUAUUGACCUGACGGCGAGAUCAGACGUCUGCCUGCAGGAGACCGCAUCUGUCAUCCGGAGAGAACACGUGUUUGUAGAGGAGACUGGUUUUACAGCUUUAAUCCAUCAUCACUUCUCAUCCCAGCCACAUCAAUACUGGCUCAACACCAUUAGUUGGACACGGCUGCAAUUAUAUGUAAAUUCAAGUUUCUUAUGUGGUUUUCAAAUUGUUUUUUUUUGUUGUUUUUUUGUAAAUUUCUUUGUACAUUUCUUAAAAUAACAUACAUCAUGAUUAUUAUUA